CACGCACGCACCAAGCAGCACCAAUCUCCCCAUCUCCCUCGAUCUCCUCCCUUUUCUUUCCUCUCCCCGUCUCCCCCAAUCUCCUUCCUCUUCUUUCCUCACCUGCGCAUGGAGGAGGAGCAGCGGCCGCCGCUGCCCAGAUGGAGACCGCCGCCAGACCCGCGCCCCACCCUCCUCCAACUCCUCUGCCGAGCCCCUCCGUCGGCCCCGCGGCCUCCUCGACUAGCGCGUGGAGGAGCAGCGGCGGCCCGUGGCGCCUGGAGGAGCAGCUGUCGGCCCCAACGCCGGAUCCGACCGCCACGACACUGGAUCCGGCCGCCGUCGCCAGUAAUCUCCGAGGGCAGCAGAUCGUCGUCGCCGUGGAGAGAAGGCCGGUGCUGUCAUCGACUUCCAUGCGGCGGCCGUGGAUCCUCGCACAUCCGCCCACUGUACGGGUGGAGUCUCGCCGCCGUGGAGUGGCUAUGGAGUCUCCCCGCCGUGGAUUAGGGAUUUGAUACAUCGGACAGGCUGCCAUGUUAAACACAUCACUGGCAGGAAGUUAGUGGCGCGGUACUGAUAAGCUUUUUCAAUUACAGUGCUCUGUCGUCAUCGCUUGAGUCCAUCGGCACCCACUGGAUGCGCUCGCCAAGCUGAGAGUUGCAAGACCUGCCGUGUAGGCCGUGGCCGUGGCCGAGCCCACGCGCGACCUCCGCAAGAUGGCCGCACACACCGCCUAGCCCGUGCAUCCAUUUGGCAUGCAUGUCCAUGCCGAGGUGGCGUGCGCCGUCAUCGACCUUGCUGCACGUGCGGCCAAGUCCACGCGUCGUAUCGCCGUGCAUGUCCUCGCUGAGUCCGCACACGUCGUCGUUGAGACCGCACGCACGGCCCUCACUGUGCUGGUCGCCUUCUUCCUCGCAGCCGACGGAGAGCUCGCUGCCGAGUCCGUGGGAGCCGUGGCCAAGCCCGUGUGCGCUGCCCGUGAUCGUGCCGUGGCCAACCCCGCGCACGCCGUCGUCCAGCGGCUCGUCGUCCAGCAAGUCCAGUCCGAUGGAGCGCGCGCCGCCCUCACUGAGCCCGUGCGCCUCGUCUUCUUCCUCACUGCCAACAGAGAGCUCGCGGUCGAGUUCGUGCACGCCGCCGUGGCCGAGCCCGCGCGGCUCGUCGCCGUGGCUGCCGCGCGGGUCCCAGAGCUCGCUGCGACGGACACGUCUUCCUCCACCUAGGAGCUUCUCUUGUUCUUCAGUGUCUUCUUCCUCGCUGCAGACGUAGAGCUCGUCGACGCCAUCGUCUUGGCUCUGCCCCUAGAUUGAAAGGUCCUGGUAUUCGCCGUCAUCGGUCUCCUCGUCGGAGUGGUUGCCAUGCAUACCAACGGCGAGCGAACUCAUCCUCCACAGACGGAAGACAAGAGCCCUCUUCGAUUUCUCAUCCCGCAUCUCCACCUUUCUCUUCUCACCAGCCAUCUCGUUUGGUGUUCUGGGCUUGGAAAAUGGAGGCGGAGGAAGCGAGGUGUACAGGAAGGAGUCGUACUACUCGGGAGUAAGAGGAUAGGAGAUUUAGGGGAAAGAAUCUAUAUACAGUAAAAAAAAAGAGUUGAUUGUGUUGGAAAAUUAAGCAAUUCCAAGAAUAACAAUUCUAGAGUAUAGAUCAUGACGA